CUGCGCUGAGCACGGCUCUGCCUGCCAAGGAAUGACCCACCUACCCUACACCAUCACAGCCUCAUCCAGCAACCCAGUCAUGACCCAGAGCAACCAGAGCUGCUCCCGUCAGGACAUCACCUUCAAGAGCAGCCUCUACGCCACCACCUACACCCUCAUCUUCAUCCCGGGGCUCCUGGCCAACGGCGCUGCCCUGUGGGUCCUGUGCCGGUUCCUCAGCAGGAAGAGCAAAGCCGUCAUCUUCAUGAUCAACCUGGCCGUGGCUGACCUGGCCCACGUCCUCUCACUGCCCCUGCGCAUCUACUACUACAUCAACCACACCUGGCCCUUUGGGAGCUUCCUGUGCUUGCUGUGCUUCUACCUGAAGUACCUCAACAUGUACGCCAGCAUCUGCUUCCUCACCUGCAUCAGCAUCCAGCGCUACUUCUUCCUCUACCACCCCUUCCGAGCCAAGGGCUGGAAGCGCCGCUACGACGUGGCCAUCAGCGCCCUGGUCUGGCUCUUGGUGGGGGCUGCCUGCGUGCCCUUCCCCAUCAUGAGGAGCCACGGGCUGGGUGCCAACACCACCAGCUGCUUUGCCGACCUGCAGGUGAAGCCGAUCGACAGCAAGGUGGGCACGGUGCUGAUGACCGGCACCGCCGAGCUCCUGGGCUUCGUGGGUCCGCUCGUCAUCAUCUUAUUCUGCACGUGGAAAACAAGAGACUCCAUCCGCGGCUUCCAUAUCCCACAGGAGAACAGCGGGGAGAGGAGGAAGGCCCUCAGGAUGGUUUCCAUGUGUGCCAUUGUGUUCUGUGUGUGUUUUGCUCCCUACCACAUCAACUUCUUCUUCUACAUGUUGGUGAAGGAGAAUGUCAUCACCAACUGCUUCCUGAGCACCAUCACGCUCUACACCCAGCCCUUCUGCCUGAGCCUCGCCAGCUUCGACUGCUGCUUGGAUCCCAUCAUCUAUUUCUUCAUGACUUCUGAGUUCCAGGAAGAGAUUUCCAGGCACAGCAGCAUGGCCAUCCGGAGCCGGCUCAUGAGCAAAGAGAGCGCCUCGUCGAUGAAGGAAUGA